AUGGUGGUCGCCGAGAACUUGCCUAAACGGGUAAACAUGGAGAUAUUCCGCGAUUCUACGCCUCUACACCAAUACCCAUCAUUCUGUCUUACGACCAAUAGUAUGUACGAGUGCAAGCUGGAAAUUCAGCGGGUAGUCCAGCCUCAACUCCACAAACUCUCCCACUUCCCGGCCGACAACGUAGAUGUGGACGUCAGCAGCGCAAGGGGCCGUUCCAAUCAGAGCCUUUGCAACGACCUCACCCUCAUCGCACAGUCUAAACACGACUUGACUCUCAUUCGCCAGAACCCUCGCUUUACUAUACUCAUCUUCAACAUGCUGUUCACCGACUUGUUCCUCUUUGCCUUGGCCGCAGGGACCACCCUCGCUCACCCAGAGAAGCUCACUGCCGAACAGGCAAAGCAUGAAGCAAAGCUCAUUGGCCGAAGCACCGACAAGUGCGCCGCGGCGAUUGAGAAGCGCAAGGCAGAAAUGUUUGCGAAGCGAGCGGCUCGUCUGCAAACCCGCCGAAUUCAAAACGGCCAUGUCGAUACCCGAGACCUGAUGUCUCGGAACUCGCUGCAGUACACCACCAUCCAGAACGACACUUGCGUCCUGGCCCCUGACACCGUCUGGGGACCCUAUGGCGUCGAUGGAGAAAUUCAUCGUCACGAUCUGCGUGAGACGCAGGGAGGUAUCGACUUCUAUCUCGACAUGGGCGUGAUCGACAUCGAGACAUGCGAACCCCUCGUCGGCACAGCCCUCACGAUUUGGAACUGCAACGCAACCGGCUCGUACUCCUCUUUCACCGGAAUCGACCCCAACACCGCAGAGCUCCUGGACAACUGGUCUAAAAGGACAGACGGCACCACCGACGACGAGACGUUCCUGCGCGGGAUCCAGACGACCGACCAGAACGGUGUCGUGGAGUUCCUCACGAAAUUCCCCGGAUACUACAUCACCAGAACGACUCAUAUUCACGUCACUGCCCAGACCAACAUUGCGAACGGCACGUCCUACUCCGCGAGCAAGGUGCAGCACAUCGGACAGCUUUUCUUUGAGGAGGACCUCCUGAGCCAAGUGUAUGCUGUCAGCCCGUACAGUGAGCACCUUACGACGUUGAACCGUACUACCAACGAGGAGGACUCGCUGUACUCUGAUGCCAGCGCCGACGGGUACAGUGCUGUCAUCAGCGUCAGCCAGUUGACUGACAACAUUGAGGAUGGUCUCGUUGGAUAUAUUACGAUUGGUGUCAACUCGACUGCCGAUGGACUGGCCAUCACCGGAGGUGGUGUCAACCCUCAGGGAUACCUUCCUACUGUUAGUGUGGAUGACGCGAAGUUGGCCCAGGCAACCGCAGUCGAUAGGGCUGAUGGCUACACGUCUUAG